GGUGGUGGUGGUGGUGGUGGUGGUGGUGACGGUGAUUGAACAGAAGGAGGAAGGGAAGGAGGAAAGGAAGAACGUAGAAACGUAAAAAGAAAGAAAGCAAGAAGAAAGAAAAGAAGAAAAAGAACGCAUUAGAUUGAUGUCGAUCGGCAUGAUCGGUGGUGCGUCUCCAUGGAAGGUGGGCCAUUGAGGCGUACGGUGGGCGGCUGUGCGUCGAACCUCGAAAGGGAACACCACGCGUCGAAGAGAAGAAGGCGUCUGUCGACGAGACGAGUUUGAUAUCCUUGAUCUCUUCAAGACGAAUAAGAGAGGUAAAUAAAUAAAUAGAGAUAAAUAGAGAGAGAGAGAGAGAGAGAGAGAGAGAGAGAAAGAGUGAGGGGGAAAGGGAGAGGGAGAGGGAAAGAGUCCACUCCAGGGACAUACGCACAAGCCGUGUCCGGGAGAUGUACGGAAUCUCGAGAGGAGCUCGUCGCGCGGGUGGGUUUAAUUCGAUGCGACAUCGUCAUCAUAAUCAUCAUCGUAAUCAUCAUCAUCGUCGUCAGAGAUUCUCCGGCGGAGUUAACGAAAGGUUCGAAAGUAUUGCGGCAAAAGUUAACGAAGAAAAAUCAAGAGUAGUAAUAAUAAGAGCAGAAGGAGAAACAGCAGAAACGGCAGAGACAGUAGCAGCAACAGCAACAGCAAUAGCAGCAGCAGCAGCGGCAACGGCAACGGCAACAAUAGCGCGCCGGUGGCAGUGACUGUCGGCGGUAGUUUGGUGGGAGUCGAAGGGGGAAACGGCGAAAGAGAGAGGGGGAGAGGAGCGUGUUUUUCCGAGAUUCGUCGUCGAAGAAGAACGAGAGGGUCAGUUCCGGCCCGCUCGGCUGGCCGUGCGCGUCUCUAUUCUUUGGUUAUUCGUUCGUCGUUCUUUCGUGUAUGUGUGUGUGAGAGAGCGUGUGCGUGUACGUGUACAAGUUACACACACACACACAUAUUAUAUAUAUUAUAUAUAUAUAUAUAUGUAUGUAUGCGUGCGUGCGUGUAAGCAAGUUAAGUAAGUGAGCAGACGAGAUCGUUGUGCGCGCGAGGUACGGUUAAACGGCCUUAUCUAAAAAGAAGAGUGAGAGAAGGAGAGGAAGAGAGAGAGAGAGAGAGAGAGAUAUAGCGAGAAGGAGGGAGGAAGAAGAAGGAUAGAGAUAUAUACACAAACGUGCUGGCGCGCGCGCGCGCGCACUCACUCAACGCGAACCAAGUGCUCGACGAACACACAGUGCGUGCAUUUGAGUCACGCGCGCUCCUCUGUUAAAACUUCUUUUCGAAUACGGUAGAAGAGAACUUUUAAAGGAAAUUCUCUCUCUUAUAUAUACACGUAUAAAUCUCUUUAGAAGGAGAAGGAGGAAAAAAAAGUUCGAAUGGGAUAGUGGAGAUUCGGAGUGACCGGUUCGUUGAAAGAUAGAAAGAGAGAAAGAAAGAGAGAGAGAGAGAGAGAGAGAAAGAAAGAGAGAGAGAGAGAGAGAGAGUGAGAGUGAGAGAAAGAGAGAAUAUCUUGAAGCGGUGGCCGCGCCUCACACGACUAUCAUCAUCGAGAGAAGAGCGUCAGAGGUGGUAGCAGAGUGACAGCAACGGUGGUGGUGGUGGUGGUGGUGGUGGUUGUGGCGGCGAUACUCCAGCAACGCUAUAUAAUUUCUGGAAUGUGACAGGAAACUCCCGUAGCGUGGAAAAUCUUGGAAAAGGAUUACCAUCGGACGUCCCUUAGCAAGAGAUAAAAAUCAGCUGGUAUGUCAAAUAAUCAGCUGGUUGACUCCUGUCUGCUGGUGAAUCGCCGGAUUGAGCAGAGACAGGAGCACAACAUAACGCGCACUGAGAUAACGCAGAGACGCGUACUUCAGGACAAAGGUUCCGACAUGCCACAGUAUACCGGACAAAGUGACGCGGACUAUCAUGGAAGUAACGGACAAGCGGAUACACAUUCGUUACACUCAUCCCAUCUGUCUGUCCAAGAAGAUCCAUUGCUCAUCCGAACUCAUAAACAACAAACUUCACAGCAAGUAACUACCGUGACGAAAGUAGUGCGUGAGGUUUCACACAUGGAACCAGAUCCAGGUGCAGUCAGUUACAUGUCGGUGCCAUUGAUGUCGCAAGAGUAUCAACAUGCUGAUCCGAGAUACGCAGCGGAUCCAUACAUGGUCAGUUUUGACCAUUACGAUCCAUACCUCGGCUACCCUCCGCAACCUGGUUACCCAGGUCCUCAUGGAAUUUACAUGCCACGAUCGCAUUCACCACACAGCCCGCAUAGUCCGUCAGAGCACAGUCGUGCAUCACCACCGCAUGAAUAUCUGCGUAAAGCAGCACCAUUCGUGGAAGGUGGUUACAACGACAUUGACCCAGGCCUUAAUCCGGCUUUGCAAGAUCACUAUCGCAUCACUCCAAGUCCUGGCGGUCCCGGAGAUCAAUAUGAUCAGAUCAGCAACUCAUGGAAUAUGGAUGACUCUGGCGAACCUUCACAACAUCCUCAUGAUGAGAGUAAAGUGGCCUAUGGUUACGUAUCUCCGUCCCCAUAUGGACCAGUAGGAUACGGCCCUGGCGUUGGGGUAGGUCCAGUGCCAGUUCUUAACGAUGUUCCCGGAUAUGACGAAGGUCAUCCAAUUCCAUUGUCGUCUGGUGUACCACCUGGUAUAUUCGAGGACGAGGUACACCUUCAGCGAUUACAAUCCGGUCAUCCAGUCGUUCCUGGAAUGGCAUCGCCCUUGGACGAUGAUCAAAAAUCAAUGAGAUGGAGAGAUCCUAAUUUAUCGGAGGUUAUAGGUUUUCUGAGCAGUUCAGAUAACAUAAUCAAAGCGAAUGCAGCUGCCUACUUGCAACAUCUUUGUUAUAUGGACGAUCCGAAUAAACAGAAAACACGUAGUUUAGGAGGAAUACCACCCUUAGUGCAAUUAUUAAAUCAUGACGAUCCAGACGUAUAUAGAAAUGCAUGUGGGGCGUUACGAAACUUAUCUUACGGAAGGCAAAACGAUGAGAACAAGAGAGCGAUAAAGAAUGCCGGUGGUGUACCCGCUCUAAUUCAUUUGUUGCGUAUGACGCUUGAUGCCGAUGUAAAGGAACUGGUAACCGGAGUACUGUGGAAUUUGUCUUCUUGCGAAGAUUUGAAACGAUCGAUCAUCGACGACGGGGUGACGAUGGUAGUGAAGAAUAUAAUAAUACCUCAUAGCGGUUGGGAUCCAAGUUCUUCGAGCGGUGAAACAUGUUGGUCUACGGUAUUUCGUAAUGCAUCGGGUGUUUUAAGAAACGUCUCUAGUGCUGGAGAAUACGCGAGGAAGAAGUUAAGGGAAUGUGACGGACUCGUGGAUGCCCUUUUAUACGUAGUGCGUUCAGCUAUCGAAAAGUCGAACAUUGGUAAUAAAAUAGUGGAAAAUUGCGUCUGCAUCUUAAGAAAUUUAAGUUAUCGGUGUCAGGAAGUUGAGGACCCGAAUUACGACAAACAUCCGAUACAGUCGGCCGUGCAGAACAGAGUUGCAGCACCGGUGAAAGCAUACAGUUUAUGCCAAGGUGAAAAUUUGGGUUGCUUUGGUGGUAGUAAAAAGAAGAAGGACGGACAACCGGUUCAAAAGGAGAACGCAACGUCACGCACGACGAGCCCAAGAACGGAACCAGUCAGAGGGAUGGAGUUACUCUGGCAACCGGAAGUCGUUCAGUCUUAUUUAAGCCUUUUACAGACAUGUUCUAAUCCGGAAACAUUAGAAGCUGCGGCGGGAGCAUUGCAGAAUCUCGCCGCUUGUUAUUGGCAACCGAGCAUUGAAAUUCGUGCAGCUGUACGGAAGGACAAGGGCCUUCCUAUUUUAGUCGAAUUGUUAAGGAUGGAGGUGGAUCGAGUAGUAUGUGCAGUAGCUACUGCCCUGAGAAAUCUUGCGAUAGAUCAGCGCAAUAAGGAGCUAAUUGGUAAAUAUGCGAUGAGAGAUCUCAUUCAGAAGUUACCCUCGGGAAAUAAUCAGCACGAUCAGGGGACGAGCGACGAUACGAUAGCAGCAGUGCUUGCGACUUUGAACGAGGUCAUCAAAAAGAACGCCGAAUUUUCACGAUCGUUAUUGGACGCCGGUGGUGUCGACAGGCUUAUGAACAUAACUCGACAACGUCAAAAAUAUACCCCACGUGUUCUCAAGUUUGCAGGCCAAGUUCUCUUUACUAUGUGGCAACAUCAAGAAUUACGAGACGUUUAUAAGAAACACGGUUGGAAGGAACAAGACUUCGUUACGAAAACUGUAGCAGCUCGAAAUUCCGGACCCAAUUCGCCAAACAAUGCCAACAGCUAUGAUUGUAGCACAUUGAAUCGACCAAUGGCGAGCCAGGGUAGUACGAGAUACGAAGAUCGAACGAUUCAAAGAGCUAAUAUUAAUUCUAAUAACGUUGGAAGACCUACUAUUUACCAAUCUCAGCCGAAACCCGGUGAGCCGCUCUACGCGCAAGUUAACUUGGAGAAGAAAAAGAAGCGGCAAUACGAGCUGGGGGUGGGCCAGGGCGGUGGCGGUGGAGGUGGCGGAGGCGGCGCCGGUAGCGGUGGUGGUGGUGGUGGUGGUGUUGGUGUUGGUGUUGGUGGUGUUGGUAUUGGUGGUGUUGGUGUUGUCGGUGGUCAGAAUCAGGGACCAGUCGGUACGGUAUCGAGCGUUACUGGUGGAGCUGGUGGUACGCCAGGUACCACUCAGUGGAUGCCUGAUGGCGUCUCCAUCGGUGUCCAAGAUGGGACAUCAGGAAAUGCGACCGUUAGUAUACCACCAAGUUCAACAGCGGCAUCGGCAGGUGAUUCUUGGGUAUAAAAUGCGUCCUGUAAACUCGCGAAAUUUUUUUCUAACGUCGAUUGGAUUCAAUGAACGGAGGGAUCACAUCGGCAUUUGAACUUUUUCACGUUCGACGACGAUGACAACAACAAUAACAACAACGACUAUGACUACGACUAUGACGACGACGACGACGACGACUACGAUAAUUACGACUGCUAUUAAUACUAUUACUACCAAUGCUACUAUUACUACACAACUAUUAACUAUUUCUCUUAUUAUGACUACUAUGACUACGAUGCGUUCUUCUUCCUCAAAUUUUUCGUCCUCGUCGUUAUAUCCAUCAUCAUUGUCAUUAUUGUUAUCAUUAUUAUUAUUAUUAUCGUCGUUAUCAUUAUCAUCAUCGUCAUCAUCGUCAUCAUCGUCAUCAUCGUCAUCAUCAUCAUCGUCAUCAUCAUCAUCAUCAUCAUCGUCAUCAUCAUCAUCAUCAUCAUCAUCAUCAUCAUCAUCAUCAUCAUCAUCAUCAUCAUCAUCACCACCAUCUUCUUUUACUCCGAGCCUGCUCGUCGUCGAGCACAGCGAAAUAUAUGUAUGUCUACGAUUAUCGGCCAUUGAAGAGCUAGGACGAUUCAAGGAGGAAGAAGCCUUUUCCGUUCUUUCUUCCUCCCUCCCUUGUCUUUUGGCGCUGAGAAAAGGAAAGAAAAAAGAAGGGAAAAGCUUUUGAUAAGCUUUUUUCAACUGUCAAAUACACCAUAACGCUCUUUUAAUUAAUUCAAAUCAGCGACCCCCGUAACUCCUUUUUUCUUUACACUGGAUUGUACACACAUUUAUAUAUAUAUAUAUAUAUAUAUAUAUAUAUAUAUAUAUAUAUAUAUAUCUCUUAUGUGUUAGUGUUCCGAGAGAAGGCGGAAAUUUGUUGAGAUACAUAAGCAUGACUUGAACAUACAUACAUACAUAUAUAUGUAUAUAUAUAUAUAUAUGUGUUUAUAUAUAUAUAUAUAUAUAUAUAUAUAUAUAUAUAUAUAUA